CAAGUCGCAUUUUAUCUAGACCUUUUGCUGUGUGUGGUCCCCCCUUCCGCCGGAAUCGGGCAUGCGCAACAACCCGAUUCAACUAUAUAACUGCGUAGUGAUGUCUUCCCGGCGAGUCUGUCGUCUUUUACUGCGUAGAUUCCCAGGUGUCGAUGUGCCUAAAUAAAAAGGUGCGUGAAUCCAGACUAAAUAGGCGCACAAGUGUCAUUCAUGUUUUGGUGUGCUGUGCUGGGCUUCUCUCAGACAUUUUUCCAGUGAGAAAAGUUUACCGGCCGACCGACGACAUAUUGUGGUGUAGAUAUCGACUCACCUCAUUGAAAAAUUCAUCAAGGAUAUACCGAGCAGCAGCCACUGUGGAUCGACUAUCGAUAAGAGGCAGAGAAUCAGCUGACGGGUGGGAGGGAUGUGUAUCCGUCGUCUCGUUAAUUAUUCCCGCUAUAGCAACGUGAAACCCGGCUACAUAUACACAGCACAUACAAGUCAGGAUAAUCAUAUCAAAUGGAAAUGAUAUAAGAUGCCAGGGUGCCUAGUCUGGGCGACGACAGUCUCCGCCGGAGUGACUCUCCAUCCAGUCGCCUCUCUUUCUAUUCCCUCCCGUUUUAUAGAAUCAUUGUUGAUUAGAUAACCGUUCAUUCCGUCGAGGCAUGUCCUUUAGCGGCCGUUCGUUCGCGACGGAAGCAACAAACGUUGUCGAUUUGGCUGGAGAGCAACUGCCGACGGAUCUGAGUCCACCGGUUAGCCGGUCCGAAGUCUUGGAGGUUUUCGAUUCGUGGAGGAAUUCAGCUGCCGGUAGUUCGAACGCCGACAGCGGGAUUGAUCAGGUUUACUCAUCGUCCAGCACGUCAGGAACUCAGCCGUCGCCAACUAAGAAGAAAGAAGGCCGGCCUGCGAUCAGGAAGCGCAAUUCAAAGACCGAGACGGCCGGCGUGAUGAACAAUCAGGGCGGCGUGAACGCUAAUCACAAGCUGCCGAGGAUCGGCAAUAAGAAGCCGUCGAGGCAGUCGACGAUGCACUCGCUCAUCAGCCCGCCGGCGACGAACAAUGUGGACGAAAAGCGGCGCUUCGUCACCGUCGUCCGCCCGCUGAGCGUUUUCCCGGAGCCGGCCCUGCCGCCCAACUACACGCCGUCGGUGUUCAGCACUAGUAGUAGCAAUAACGGCGGCAGUUUGAGUAAUCGAUAUGACGAUUUUAGCCACAUGGUUCAGCAGUACAAUCCGGUCCAGCGCGGGCGGCCGCCCAGUCCGGCACCGUUCCCGCCGCAGCAGCAGCGACAGCAGAUGAGGCCCGGUCAGCGCAACACCGGCAACAGCAAUUUCUCGCUGGCCGGCCAAGGCGUCUCAUCCAACGGAUACCACGGAGGCGGGCCCGGCUCGGCUUCUCUCCGGGUCAAUCUGGCCGGCGGAAGCGGCUGGGAUUUGACGGCCAUCAAGCGCGGAUACAACAACGUCGGGUACGCCACCAACUACAAGUCAACGCAUGAUCGGUCCAUGGAAAACGGGGCCCACUACCAAUCGCAGAACGCGCUCGAUCAAGAGAUUAGCAUGCCUCCGUGGAACCCGCACUUCGGCUACAGCAAAGUCUUGUCCCAACAGAAUUUACCUUUGACGGAUGACUGGAGGCGGCACAUCGACGCCCGGCGUAAAGCCCUGCAACGUCGCCGUACCAAGCGUCGAGGAGUGGCCGACGGCGGCAACAAUUUCGGCGCCAGCGGCGACCGAUUCUACAACGGCGCAGCCCAGACCGACGGCAAUUUCGAAGAGCUACUGCGACGGGCCGGAGAUGUGGAAUCGAGCGUCCAGACCGAUCCGGCCAUCGAGAGCGUCAAGCGGAGCCGGGCGGUGAACGGAUCCUCCGACGUCAUCAGCUCGCUAAACAGCAACACGCAGGACAAUUCAACGCAGGUGAUCCUUAGCGACUUGCCGGACUUUGAGACGGGCCUGGCGCCGAUCGUCGAGCAGCUGGUCAACGUGACGCUGGAGCAAGCCUUCGUCGAGAUGCUGGAAGAGGAGGAAAUCAAGGAGAUCCGCCAGCAGCGCAUCCAGUUCCAGCAACUGAAAAUGGCCGAGCUGACAACGUCCAAACUGAUGAACGUCGCCACCGAUUGAUUUUAAUCUUAUGUAAUUCCACUGGCCUUUUUGGAAUUCUCAUUUUCACUCAAAUCUACUUAAUAAUAAUAAAAACUAUAACUGCAAUUUAAUCACAGCCCUAUUAUAACCUAUAUUAUGCGUCCGGAAUAAUGAAAUACAAGAUAAUCAUAAACAUUUGGACACACA